AUGGUUUCGUUGGCUCGGCUUCCAGCUGGCAGCGCUGCAGAGAUGCGAUUCUCCAAACGCCCGGUCGCGGUAAGACUAUCUCCCCACAGAGAAAGUCAAAGCAGGACACUGUUCAGAGCUGAGGAGUCGGAGACGGAUGGACAGACAGGUGUGAAGGACAAGACAGCGUUACCACGGCAACACGCCAUCAGCCCGACAGCAACCCCAUCGUCCCCCAGGGAAUAA